UAGCCUUUUCUUGUACAACUAAAUUGUUGAGCAUGAACAAACAAACAUGGUCUUCUGCACAAACACCCUCAAGUUGGGGAAUCAAUACCUCUUCCUUGUUAUAAGACAAUCAAUCUUGUUGAAGCAAGGGAUUAGGCUCCUCUCUUUAAAAAGCACAGAAAAAUCCUACUUGUUCCAACCAAAGAAUCAGUAUUCAAUCCUUGGAAUUCUCAUCACUAGCUAGUUGCAAUGGCCAGCCUUAUCUUCAACGAUUCUGAUGACAUUUGUAGAUCAAUCUCGGAUGUUCCACCUACUCAUUACACAAUCAAAGUACAGUCAUUUUCAUUGUUAGCCAAGAAUUCGAUAGACCGAUACGAAUCCAGGAGUUUCGAAGCUGGUGGCUACAAAUGGAAUUUGGUUAUACACCCGAGUGGAAACAAGAACAGAAAUGUGAAGGAACACCUCUCUGUCUACUUGGCCAUGGCUGAAGAAAACUCGCACAAGACUGGCUGGGAAGUGUACGCGAUUUUCAAGUUAUUUGUACUGGACCAGAACAAAGAUAACUACAUGAUUGUUCAUGAUGGAAAGGAAAGGCGCUUUCAUGGAAUGAAGCUUGAAUGGGGAUUCGAUCAGUUCAUCCCUCUCAAAACUCUUAACGAUGUUGGUAAUGGGUUUCUCAUCGACGACACUUGUGUGUUCGGAGCAGAGGUUUUUGUUUGCAAAGAAAGAAGCAAAGACAAAGGAGAGUGUUUUCGAAUGAUAAAGGAUCCUAUUGUGUACAAGCACACUUUUAAGGUUGACAACUGUUUAGAUUUAGACAAAGAAUGCAUUGAGACAAAAGAAUUUAAUGCUGGAAGUCGAAAAUGGAAGCUGAGGUUUUUUCCCAAUGGAAGAGGAGCUGGAUUGGGUACUCAUAUCUCUUUUUAUUUGGCUUUGGCUGAUCCCACUACGCUUCCUCGAGACUAUAAAUUAUAUGUGGAAUACAUAUUACGCAUCAAAAACCAAGUUAAUUCCAACCAUUUAUCCGGUACAGGUACUGACUGGAUCAGUGCCUCAAACGAGGAACGUGGUUGGUCAAGAUAUAUAACUCAAGCCUAUUUCAGCAGCUCAAACAUGGGUUUCUUGCUUAAAGGGACGUGCAUACUGGAAACAGAGGUCACCAUUCAUGGAGUCCUUGAUACUCUGUAAUGACUUUUUACUCACAAAUCUUUUAAACCAACCCCAACUAUUCGGUUGUAAAGAGUAUCAGUCAGUAAACCAGUUCCUGGUGAUUUCACUCAUCAAUCUCAUCUUUCAUACUAUGCUUUUCUUUAUAGUAAAAAAAUCUUAUCUGUAACUGUUUUUAGACAAGAGUAUAUGAAUUUAAUUAUUUCCUAUGGUUUGGCGCACUAAAGAUUAGUCAAACCCAACUGAGCAUACCAAAGCAUUUUUCUUUUAGUUACUCGUCAAUCGCUGUUAGUGUUGCUGUUGAGAAUUGGGAAAACAUACAUA